AUGCCGCCCGCGACGGCGGCCACCACUAUGGUCUCCCUCCGGGAGCUGGCCGACCUGGCCAUCGGCACCCCGGAGGUGGGCGCCGUCAACUUCACGGCCCUGCACACGCUCAUCGUGGCCAUGCUCCGGAGCCUCAGCCUGCAGGAGGUGCGCAUCGACUUCCAGUCGCCGUUGCCGUCGCCGGAGCCGAGCCGCCCCUUGGAGCCCCCGCAGGCCGUGCUCAGCGCCCCGCAGCUGGCUGUGUCCAAAGAGAAGCCGCGCGGAAGCUUGGCCAAGCCACCGACGGCGGCGGCGGCGCUGGAGAGCCAGGUGAAGGGCCUGGGCGGGCAGGUGCAGGACCUCAGCAGGCAGCUCAAGACCGUCACGAACCAGGUGCAGGGCAUCGUGAGCCACGUGCAGCACCUGACGGCCCCCAUCAGCGAGCUGGGCGCCCGGGACUGGCUGGAGGAGGAGACGGCCAAGCUGACGCCGGCAAGGGCACGAGCAGGGUCGUUGGAAAUCGCGAAGGGCGAGCGGGCCACCGUCUCCCAGGCCAUGGAGCUGCUGCACGAUGUAGUGGAGGACGUGAAAACUCUCAAAGAGGCCCAGGAAAAGGCGCAGGAGCUCCCUGAGUCGAGCCUUGCGAAAGCCCUCCAACGGAUUGAUGUACUAGAGAAGAUAGUCAGAGAACGGGAUGAAAUCCUGGACCUAGUGAACCGGAAGAUGAGUUUGAUGCCUGUCGGAGAAGAAGUCACCAUGGUCACCUGGGAGGAGCUGGAGCAAGCGAUUACGGAUGGCUGGAAGGCCUCACAAGGGAGCUCAGAGACAACAACAGGACUCCCUAAACGCAAAGGGCGCGCUUCUGUAACAUCAAAUGAUAUACUUCAAGGUGGAGUCCCCAUCAAGGGCUCAAGUGCUGACCCAGCUCUGGAUUCUCCCAGUGGUUAUGGCUCAGAUCAGACCUUAUCAGGAAUCAGUGGCAUAGGAAAACCCUCUGAAGGGGUCACCAGGGAACGAAGCAGAGGUGCCUCUGCUACUGCAGUCCCGGGUAGAGAACAGCACCCAAGGGCCCGUGAUGAAGGUGGCCAGGCGAAGUCCCAACAUCCGUCUAUGUCCCAAUUCAGAGUAGAGUCAGAUCAUCACAGAACGAGAGAGCUGCCGCCGCAUGGCUUAGCCCAUCUAAGAAAAGAUGAACGAGAGGCACACCCUGGUCCAGUUCAACAGGACUUACCUGAAGCCACUGUGGCCAGAGAUCAGCAUCAUCAAGUAUCCCCGGAUCAGCAUAGGGGGGUGUAUCCAAGCCAGGGUCAAAUCUAUCCCAGGCCAGUUCAGCAUGGAUUAAGACCACUUGGCACGGAUCCGCUUGCAUGGCGCCAUCCUAGCACUUACCCACAUGGUGUGGUACCCCUCAGGAUGGAUCAGCUUGGUAUGAUGCCACCUGGAAUGGAUGAGCAGCGCUUGGUACCACCUGGCAUGGAUCAGUAUGGUAUGGUGCCACCACUGGUACCUGGCACAGAACAGCAAGGAUUGGAACUACCUAGUACAGCUCAGCCUGGUAUGGUUCCACGUAGCACAUAUCAGUAUGGCGUGGUACUUCCUGGCACAGACCAACAGCCUGGUGUGGAUCAGCAUGGAUUGGUACCCUUUACUAUAGAUCAGCAUGGAUUUUUAAUAUCUGGCAUGGAUCAACAAGGAUUAGUACUGCCUGGCAUGGAUCAACAUGGAUUGGUUCCACAUCUUACAGAUCGAAAUGGUUUGGUAUCACCUGGUUUGAUGCAAGUUGCUGCAGAUCAGCAAGGUUUUAUACAGCCCAGCUUGGAAACAUCUGGGUUCAUUCAACCUAGUACAGAGGAGCAUGAUAUAAUCCAGCCUGGGGCAGAUCAACGAGGUUUGGUACCAACUGGUACAGAUCAGGCUACUUUGGCCCAACCUGGUGCAGGUCAGCGUGGUUUAGUGCAGCCUGGUGCACGUCAGCGUGGUUUAGUGCAGCCUGGUGUAGGUCAGCAUGGUUUAGUGCAGCCUGGUGCAGGUCAGCGUCCUGAAAUGGAUCGACAUGGUUUGGUGCAACCUGGAAUGGAUCAGCGUGGUUUGGUCCAGCCUGGACUGGAUCAACAUGGUUUGGUGCAACCUGGAAUGGGUCAGCAUGGUUUGGUGCAACCUGGUGCAGGUCAGCGUGGUUUGGUCCAACUUGGUGCAGGUCAGCCUGGCUUGGCGCAGCCUGGAAUGGAUCAGGUUGGUUUGGUGCAACCUGGUGCAGGUCAGCCUGGCUUGGUGCGACCGAGAAUGGAUCAGCGUGGUUUGGUGCAACCUGGUGCAGGUCAGCCUGGCUUGGCACAGCCUGGAAUGGAUCAGCGUGGUUUGGUGCAACCUGGUGUAGGUCAGUCUGGCUUGGCACAGCCUGGAAUGGAUCAGCGUGGUUUGGUCCUGCUUGGUGCAGGUCAGCCUGGCUUGGUGCAGCCUGGAAUGGAUCAGCGUGGUUUGGUCCAGCCUGGUGCAGGUCAGCCUGACUUAGUCCAACCUGGAAUGGAUCCGCGUGGUUUGGUGCAACCUGGUGCAGGUCAGCCUGGCUUGGCACAGCCUGGAAUGGAUCAGCGUGGUUUGGUGCAACCUGGUGUAGUCCAACCUGGAAUGGAUCCGCGUGGUUUGGUGCAACCUGGUGCAGGUCAGCCUGGCUUGGCACAGCCUGGAAUGGAUCAGCGUGGUUUGGUGCAACCUGGUGCAGCUCAGCCUGGUUUGGUCCAACCUGGUGCAGCCCAGCCUGGUUUGGUCCACCCUGGUGCAGGUCAGCGUGGUUUGGCCCAACCUAGAAUGGACCAGCAUGGGUUGGUACAACCUGGUGUAGGUCAGCGUGGUUUGGCUCAACCUAGAAUGGACCAGCGUGGGUUGGUACAACCUGGUGCAGGUCAGCCUAGUUUGUUUCAGCCUGGCAUGGGUCAGCCUGCUUUUGUCCAACCUGGUGCAGAUCAGCGUGGUUUGGGGCAAGUAGAUCAGCGUGGUUUGGUACAGGCUGGCGCAGAUCCACAUGGCUUUUUUCAACCUGGUGCAUAUCCUCCUGGUUUGGUACAGCCUGGUGCAUAUCCACGUGGUUUGGUCCAGCCUGGUACAUAUCCACAAGGUUUCCUGCAGCCUAGUACUGAUCAGCGUGGUUUGGUUCAACCUGGAAUAGAUCAGCAUGGCUUGAGGCAAGCUGGUACAGAACAACGAGGCUUGAUACCCCCAGGCACAGAGCUUCGUGGCCUUCCAACAUUCCACCCUGAGUUUCCAAGAUUUUUCUCACAUCCAUAUCAGCAUGGUGUAAUACCUCCUGGCAGAUACCAAUAUGAUCAGGUGUCACCACUCCUAGCCAGUCAAGGUUUGGCAUCACCAGGUAUUGGCCAAGAGGGUUUAUCAGAAACUUACCAGCAAGGUUUGUUACAUCGUGGCACAGACCAGCAUGGCCUAACACCAUUAAGCAGCCAUGUGGGAUCCGUACAGCGAGAUCCACAGCAUUUGGUAUCACCUGGCCCAGAUCAGCAGGGCCAGGUGCAAGCAGGUACGGACCAGCAUGACCGUGCGUACUCUAUCCCAGAAUCCCGUGACCUAUUAUAUCCCAGCCCUCACAGCCCAGGCGUCCUGGGGGUAGAUCCAUAUGUCCAGAUAGGUUUGGAUCCAAAACAAAUAUAUGCCUCAGACCAACCUGGAAUUUCUGUCUGGACUACUCCAAGCCAAGCAGCCGCCUCUGCCAGGAGCAAGGACUCUCUUAACUAUCUCUACCGAGUCUCAUCAGAAAAGAGUGAUUUCCAGAGCGAAAGACAUGAUUCCCUGGAUAAAUUGGCUCCGAGCUUCCCCAUGGCAGUGGAAACAUUUCGUCUGAUGGGAGAGCUCAUUGGCCUCUAUGUAGAGCUCAAGGAGAGCAUGAAAGAGCUGGAUGAGGAGCAGGAGGGCCAGACCGACUUGGAGAAGAUCCAGCACCUGCUCGGGCUCAUGGUCAAGAAGAGUAUACCCGCUGACCUGCAGGAACAGCUGAAGACCUUGAAGUCCUUGACCAAAGAAGUUCGGCAGGAAAAAGCAAAAAUGGACAGGGUACAGAGGAUCCUGGAGGGCAACGGGGAGCAAGAAAUAGGAAAAGACAUGAAGAAUGGCCAGCUGAGCUUGCAGCUGGGAAUCCUCAGAGUUACCGUGGCUGACAUUGAGAAGGAACUGGCCGAGCUGAGGGAGAGCCAAGAGCGGGGCAAGGUCAGCAUGGAACAUUCAGUCUCCGAAGCCUCCCUCUACCUGCAGGACCAGCUUGACAAGCUCAGGACGAUCAUUGAGAGCAUGCUGGCCUCGUCUUCCACGCUGCUGUCCAUGAGCAUGGCUCCUCACAAGACCCUGUCAACCUUGGAACCUGGCCAGAUUGACCCUGAGGCCACCUGCCCCGCCUGCAGCCUGGACCUGAGCCAUCAGGUCAGCACGCUGGUGCAGCGCUACGAGCAGCUCCAGGACAUGGUCAACAACCUGGCAGCCUCCCGGCCUUCCAAGAAAGCCAAGCUCCAGAGCCAGGAUGAAGAGCUGCUGGGCCAUGUCCAGAGCGCCAUCCUGCAGGUACAGGGUGACUGUGAGAAGCUCAACAUCACCACCAGCAACCUCAUCGAAGACCAUCGGCAGAAGCAGAAGGACAUUGACGCACUGUACCAGGGUCUAGAGAAGCUUGAGAAGGAAAAGGCCAACAGGGGACACCUGGAGAUGGAGAUUGACGUGAAAGCCGAUAAGAGCGCCCUGGCGGCCAAAGUGAGCCGUGUCCAGUUUGAUGCCACCACGGAGCAGCUGAACCACAUGAUGCAGGAGCUGGUGGCUAAGAUGAGCGGGCAGGAGCAGGACUGGCAGAAGAUGCUGGAUAAGCUCCUGGUGGGGAUGGACAGCAAGCUGGACCGCCUGGAGCUGGACCCCGUGAAGCAGUUGCUGGAAGAUCGCUGGAAGUCCUUGCGGCAGCAGCUCAAAGAGCACUCUCCACUCUACCAGGCAGAUGAGGCGGCGGCCAUGCGGAGGCAGCUCUUGGCACAUUUUCACUGCCUCUCUUGUGACCGUCCCUUGGAGACAGCUGUGACUGGACAAUUUAUCCCUGUGACUCCUGUGGGCCCAGCUCUGCCUGGGCACCGUUCCCUCCGCCCCUACACUAUCUUUGAGCUGGAGCAGGUCCGACAGCAGAGCCGCAACCUAAAGCUGGGCGGUACUGCCCUCCCUCGGGGCGAGUUGGCGCACAUGGAGCGGAGCGUGGGGCGCCUGCGCACCAUGCACUCCAAGAUGCUGAUGGACAUUGAGAAGGUGCAGAUCCACUUCGGAGGCUCGGUCAAGGCCAGCAGCCAGAUGAUCCGGGAGCUGCUGCAGGCACAGUGCCUGAGCUCCCCCUGCUAUAAGCGGGUGCUGGAGACCGCCGACUGCACGUCCUCGAGUGGGCCCCGGCGCUGUGGGGGCAGCCACACCCUCACCUACCCCUACCGCCGCAACCGCCUGCAGCACCUGCCCCAGGGCCCGUACCCCCCCGACGAGGCCCGGGUCGCCGUGAAGCAUGAUGAGGUGGACAUCUUGGGGCUGGAUGGACAUAUUUACAAGGGACGGAUGGAUACAAGGCUGCCAGGCGUCCUGACCAAAGACAGUGAGUCCUCCGUCUCCGGGAUGACCAAGCACAGGGCCAAGCAGUCGCGGCCCCACAUCCACAGGCAGCAGUCCCUGAGCGACAACGACCAGCUGCCCUCGCGGCCUCAGAGCGCUCAGAUGCUGGCUGGGAACAGUCCAGUUCCAGCGCUCAGUGAGUGCCUGGAGGACGCGGAAACAAGUGACAGCCCUGGUCAUGGCACCUCGCCUUUACAUUCUGCCCGCCCCCCAAUCGGCCUGCACUUCGUGCAAGCUGGGGAGGGCCUGGCCGGCUGCACUCCUCCUCCUCCACGGAAAGACAGACCCUUGUCCUCCGAGGGGCACCUGGCCCAGCCCAACGCAGCCCACCCGCCCAGCCCCAGCGAGAUGGAGAUGCAGAUGGACAUGAAGCUACUCUCCAAGGGUGCGGGGGCUUCAGGAGAAGCUGCAGAGGCCAGACCCCAGACCCGGGGGCUGGCGGGCCACACGGGACCCCGAGGCUGCUGCCUUUUCCGGUCUGGGGAUGCUGGCCCACAGGGUGGCCUGGCCGACUGGGGCAUUCGGGAGAGGUUGCGGUUCGUGGUGUCCGUGCACCAGCCGUGCCAUGCAGCCAAGCCUCCAGGCCUAGCCUUUGUCCUGCCCCAGCCCGCUGGGCUCCACUAG